AUCGUAUAGUAUUGUCAGCCCUGGUAACCAGAGCAAAACAAAUCAUUUGGGUCUGUCCAUAAAAUAUAAAUAAUAAACACAAUGUCCGAUGCAUAUGCGUACGCUGCCAAAGGCAAGCUAAAACUUAAAAGCGAUACGGAGCUUAAGAAAAAGAAGAAGAAGCAUAAGAACAAGGACAAGGAGAAGGAGAAGGACGAAUUGCAACGAGCAUUUGUCGAGCAACAACUCAACGAAGCUGCAAAUGGAACUGCACAAGCCUCGACAUCCAGUACAAGUGGAUACCAACGCAAACUGACCAAGGCUGAGCUGGCGACCAAGAAGCAACAGGAGAAGAUGCGAAACAAACGCAUAAUGGAUAAGGCGCAGACAACGCACAAGCAGCGCGUAGAGAAAUUCAAUGAACAUCUGGACACGCUGACCGAACACUUCGAUAUACCCAAGGUGUCGUGGACGAAAUAAGGGGUGAUCAAUCACAAGCACUUAUUUCUAAAACAGUUUAUCUUUGCUGUGGUCAGAUACGAUGAACCGAUAGAGUUCACGACUAUCAAUUCGUAACACAAUUACGUAUGUCGUAUUUAAGCUUUGAUAUUCAACUGGCCCUAACAGCUGGUCAGC